AUGCCACCUGCCAGUGCCCAUCAGUGCCACCUAUCAGUGCCACCUAUCAAUGCCAGUCAGUGCCGCCUAUCAGUGCAGGGUCAGUGCCGCCUAUCAGUGUGCAUCAGUGCCGCCUAACAGUGCCACCUAACAGUGCCAGUCAGUGCUGCCUGUCAGUGCUGCCUAUCAGUACCACCUAUCAGUGUCAUAUAUGAGUGCUGCCUUUCAGUGCCCAUCAGUGAUGCCUGCCAAUGCCCAUCAGUGCCACGUACCAGUGCCUCCUAAUCAGUGCCCAUCAGUGCUGAUUAUCAGUGCCCAUCAGUGCAGCCUAUCAGUGCCCAUCACUGCAGCCUCAUUA